GACAAAAUUAUCAGUGUGUUUUGCAUUGCUAAAGCAACAUGUUGAAGUUUGUGAUUCUUUUGUCAGUAAUUGCUUGCGCUCUAGGAGCUGCCGUUCCAGAGGGCUUGCUGCCACAGUUAGAUGGACGUAUUGUUGGUGGUAGCGCGACUACCAUCAGUUCUUUUCCAUGGCAAAUCUCAUUACAACGUAGUGGAUCUCACUCAUGCGGUGGUUCAAUUUAUAGCAGUAACAUUAUUGUCACUGCUGCUCACUGUUUGCAAAGUGUUUCUGCCUCCGUAUUGCAAGUUAGAGCUGGUUCCACAUACUGGAAUAGUGGUGGUGUUGUCAGUAAAGUAGCUGCUUUUAAGAAUCACGAAGGUUAUAAUGCAAACACUAUGGUUAAUGAUAUUGCCGUAAUUCGUCUGAGCUCUUCAUUAUCAUUGAGCAGUACUAUUAAGACAAUUGGAUUGGCCACUACCGCUCCAGCAAAUGGCGCCUCUGCUGUUGUUUCCGGUUGGGGUACACUUUCGUCCGGAUCUUCAAGCAUUCCAACAACCUUGCAAUACGUUAAUGUGAACAUUGUUAGUCAAUCUGCCUGUGCUUCUUCGACUUAUGGUUAUGGUUCAUCUAUAAAAUCAACUAUGAUCUGUGCUUAUACUGUUGGUAAAGAUGCUUGCCAAGGAGAUUCUGGUGGUCCAUUGGUAUCUGGUGGUAAUUUGGUUGGUGUGGUUUCUUGGGGCUAUGGAUGUGCAUACACAAAUUAUCCAGGUGUUUAUGCUGAUGUUGCUGUCCUCCGUACAUGGGUCGUUAAUACUGCUAAAACUGUUUAAUAUUUUUUAAAGUUAAAAAAAUAAAAGAACAUUUUAGAAAUUAA